AUGGAUAUCGACGAUGACGACGAUGCCUGGUCGUACUCGUUUCCGCCGUCUACCGAAUCAUUAGUACUACCAGCAAAUAGCUCUACUUCUAGAGCAAACAAUUCUAACGGAGGUUCAUAUUCUAAUCCUAAUUCUAAAACAAAACUCAACUCCAACUCCGAAAAUUCCACAGUACAACCCAAUUCAACUCGAGAAGGAAGUCAAGACUCCCAAGAACCCCCUGGAUUCGUCCAGAAAGCUUCUCCAGCAAAUCCUCAGGCAACGAUAGAAGAUGCUGAGUCAUUUAUAUCGAAAAAGAGUGAGUCUUCCAAUGCCUUAUUUGAAGAGACAUUACAAUCUCAUAAUAGCACCACACCAUUGGAUAACGAUAUAUUGAAGAGUCCAAAAUCAGCAGAUGACGCCGAAGUACCUUCACCAAAAGUCAUUGCCUACAGAAAAUCUAAACGUGUAUUAAGCGAGGGCAAUUUUGACUCAAUCAUGGAGUCUCCUCCCGAGUUGAAAGAGAAAUUCGACAGCCGUCUCUAUUUGGAUGAGUUCUUCAAAGAUACUCAAUACAGAUACGCGACUAUGAAGAGAAAUACCGACUUCCACCAAUUAUUCCACUCGUUGGACUUGACUGAUAGGCUUGUAGACGAUUUCUCGUGUGCUCUUAGUAGAGAAAUCUUGCUCCAAGGAAGAUUAUAUGUUAGUGAGAAUAACAUAUGUUUCAAUUCCAAUUUGCUAGGAUGGGUUACAAACUUGGUUAUUCCAAUGGAAGAAAUUACCCACUUUGAAAAAAGGGCAACAGCAGGUUUGUUCCCUAAUGGUAUCACAAUCGAAACUGCUGAGGCCAAGCAUGUGUUUGCUAGUUUCCUUUCAAGAGACCAGACGUUUGAGUUCAUGAAGACCAUACGGGAAGAAACUACGGGUAGACCUCUCGAGUCAGAAGACCUGGCUAAUGAGAAAGUCGGGCAAGCACUUGUAGUACGAGAAAAUGAUCAAUCUUCGGAAAUUCAGUACUCUGAGAUGGGAGAAGAGUCUCCUGGAAUCUCGUCCUAUAUAAUGUCCAUUGAUGGGGACGAUGAAGUGGAAGAUAUGGAUGAAGAUGACGAAGAUGACGAGGAUAAUGAAGGAUCUAUAGAAACAAGUAAAACAUUUGCAUCUCUGAAGAGAAAAUCGAUACCUUCUGGAGAUGGACUACGCGUGAAAGUGUUGAAGUUCAAAGACGAUUCCAACUACAAGAAUAUGGGACCAGAUACACAUGCUCCUACAGAAGAGAAGUCUGUAGAGAGAGAUAAGGAAGAAAAGGAGUUGUUCGAAGAAAUUAUCGAUGCUCCUUUAGGUGUUGUUUUCGAGAUUCUCUUUGGCUCUAAUACAACUUUCCAUAGACGAUUUUUGGAGACUCAUGAUGGCUCGGAGUUGUCUCAGUACGACAAAUUCCAUCCCCUGGAGGAUGAUCCUACAAAGCUUGAAAGAACUUACACCUAUCGGAGAGCGUUGGAGUAUUCUAUUGGUCCUAAAUCCACGAUGUGUGUGGUAAGUGAAACAAUAGAACAUCUCAACUUUGCUGAUUAUAUAGUUGUGGUGACGAACACUGCUACUCCAGAUGUACCACUGGGCAACUCUUUCUCGGUUAGAACCCGUUAUGUAAUGACGUGGGGACCGCAAAAUAAAACUAAUUUGCGAAUCUCCUACUAUAUCCAUUGGACAGCCAGAUCGUGGAUUAAGGGAGUCAUAGAAAGACUGUCACAUUCGGGUCAGUUUGCAUUUUUUAAGGAUCUACUUGUGGACCUUAAGCAAGAAAUUAAGUCCACAACUUACUAUCCAGUUGUGCCAAAGGUCAAGAAAGCAAAGAUCAAGCCAGUAGAGAAGAAGUUCUCGUACAACGAGUUUAUCAGGAACAAUAUUGUUUCCGUUUGCUAUCUUAUCUUGUCAUUCUUCAUUAUAGUCCUAUUCUUGCAGUUGCGGAUGUUCAUGGUUAUAAACGAAACAAACGAGCUUAUCAAGAACCAUCUUGUGAUUAAUACGCGGCUUGUGUAUGUGGCAGAGCAACAGCAAGGACAACUUUGGGACUGGGUAAAGAAGAAGUACGGCAAGGAGUUAAGUCCGAUCGAGAAAAUCGAGUACUUGACUUACCAGAUAGGAGCCUUGUAUCAAGACAAGGACGAGUCCAGUAGUCCCUUUGCCAGGUUUGAAGAGCGUAUCCAGGACAUCAAGCUGCUGGUGAAGGAGUUUAACUACGAGGACUAUCUCAAUGUUGAGGGGGUCAAGAGUGCAAUUGAGAAUCUCAUCUAACUAAUGAUUAAAAUCAAUAAUGAAUUUAUAUAAAAUUUAUAAUGAAAAGGGUGCU